CUAAAACUAGGCAAUCAACAAAAGAAAAGAAUGUUUAAUAUGUAUGUAAUAGAAUAGGUGGACUCGCUAUAGUCUAAGAUUAGCUCAAUUAGAGCUAUCAGUAACAAGAUGACACUGUUACCCUACACGCCCACCCUAAAGUACUUUAUUUUAUUUCGGAAAUAGAUCCGGAAUCCGAUGAAAUGUAUGUAAUAACUCUUUAGCGUCACCAAGCAGAAAUCCUCCCAUAGAGUCCAAUAUAUAUAGACAUUUUAGGGCUGUCUUGUAAUCAGUCAGUAUUAGCGUAUUCGAUGCAACACAAGCUCAUUUGGCGUCACCUAUUCAAUUUGCAACUCGCUAUCUUAUUCGUGGCGCAGUCUUGGCGAGCGAACAUCGUCAUCUUCAUCCCUUUUCACAAGGGUUCUAAGGUUGGCCAGCAAAAAGUGCCUGCCAAAAACUGUAAAUGAACAGAUACUGUAGUAAUCCUUGUGUUUAUUACUGAGCUUUUUGAUAUCUGCAAAUUGCCGCCCAUUUUCUAAAUUCUUUUUUUGUAGAAUAGCACUAUUAUGAUUACGAAAUCUUAAUUUAUAAUAAUACAACACUAGAUUAGUGAAGACACUAGCCACUUGGUCGUAUUUCGUUUCUUAAAGGAUCCGAUUUCAUUACUGCAUCAUUUUUAGGUUCGUGACGCGAGUUUAUUCGAAUAAGAAAUCAUUAUUUGGCUUAACCGUUUCUUAAUUUGCAAGUGGUAUAAAUAAUUCGCUUCUCAAGGAAAUCCUACGCUCUUCAUUACUGUUCAGAAGACGGAGUUGCUCGCUGGAAGCUAUUCGAGGAAUAAUUGUGCUGCAGUCUCGUGUUGCUCUUUUAAUAGGCAAGCGACUUGUAAUACCUCCUAAAAUACAAGAUGAAUGUUCUACUCUUGUUCAUGCUCCUCGCUGGUUUAUUUACCAACACUGCCGAAUCUACAUCGAACGUUUCUCGAAGUACAAAUUGCUCUCUUGAAUAUGCAUCAACCAAAGACACUUUGGUCGUGAAUAAUUCUACUCAGAGCUUUGUACGCAAGGUAUUCGAGCAAUACUCAAGCAACGGGUCAAGUGAAAUAACUAUAAAUGAUUUUUAUGGCUUACUGGAAGCUCUGAGAAUUGGUGAGGUUUAUAAUAUCACGAGUACUAAUGCAGCAACGACAAGUCCCGACGAACAGAUAGAAGGUCUAACGCGAAGUACAACAGAUCAUCACGACAAACAUCACACAAGCAACAAUGGCGAUACUCAUCGAAGGAAGUACCAUAAAAAUUGCAUCAAAAAAGAGAAACUACUACGACUCCACCAGAUCAACAAAGAAAAAGGGAUCAACGUGAAUGAUUUUAUCCAGCUGUGUCCUUCGCUCGUCUACGAAGUGCAAAGUGGUGCCUGUAUGCAUAUCGAGAAAGAAGAACAUCUAGAGAGUCACGCAGGCAUGACCCUUGAAGUAUGGAUGUACGGUUUUGUAUCGAUUACUGUUAUUAGUCUAUCAUCAUUGUUUGCCAUCGCUAUCAUCCCGUGUCUUGGCAAGACCAUCUACAACAAGGUCAUGUCAUUUCUGGUGGCUCUGGCUGUUGGUACCCUCGCAGGUGAUGCCUUUCUGCACUUGAUACCACAUGCAUUCCUUAAAGGCGUUCAUAUCGAGGAACUUGAAGGCCAAGUACAUCCUGUCUGGAAGGGACUUGUUAUUAUGGGUGGUAUCUACGUGUUCUUGAUGAUGGAGAUGCUCAUGAAACUAAGGAUAGCAAAACGUGAAAGAAAGCAGGAAAAACAGGAGAAGAGUCAGCACCAAGAAGAGAUAACAAACGAGGACUUCCCACAGUCCAUACCUUGCCAGAUUAUUGUGGAUGAAGUUCAGCCAAUUGUCAAUCAUACUCACUGCGUUCAUAGUCACUCCGACUCAGAUUCGAGAGACACAGGGCUAUAUUCACCCAGUAGUGCCAACGAAACCGAACUACUGUCUGAUUUUUCGCAGUCUGAUGGAUUGGGUUACGGGAUCCCGCGAAACGAUAAAUGGAAAAUGCCUGUGUAUACCAAGGACGCGCCCGGAGGAUCCGAUACUAGCUCCAGCGAGAGCGAUCUACGCGUAAUAGCCAAUGGAUUUAAAUGCGAGGGAUCUUUUCAUGACAUGAAGCAGCUGCCCAUCAAGCCUUCCUGUAAGUCUGACAUUGAUUUAGGAAACAAGGACACUGAUGCACAUCAUCAUCAUAACCAUCACCAUGGACACAAAGAGAUCUCUACCUCGACGCCCAUAGCAUCGGUUGCCUGGAUGGUAAUUGUUGGGGAUGGUUUUCAUAACCUUAGUGAUGGCUUGGCUGUUGGUGCUGCUUUCUCUAGUUCGAUUACGAAUGGCCUCACCACUGCCAUUGCGGUCUUGUGCCACGAGCUACCUCAUGAGCUUGGAGAUUUUGCUGUGCUCAUCAAAUCUGGCAUCUCCUUUAGACAAGCACUGGUCUACAACGUUGCAUCCGCUUUCAUCUCAUACAUCGGUUUGGUGGUGGGCUUAGCCCUGGGGAACCUUGACACGUCUCAUGUCUGGGUAUUAGCUAUUACAUCUGGUUUGUUUCUGUAUAUAUCAUUGGUCGGCAUGCUUCCUGAGCUCUCCAGUUACCAAUCCAAAGGCGGAGGGUGCUCCAUAUUCCUAUGGCAAAAUGCUGGCAUAAUCACUGGCAUCAUUAUUAUGUUGGUUAUCGCCCUCCUGGAAGAACACUGAUGACAACUAUUUUACCGCGCUCACCCCAUAACCAAACCACUCCACAUACCGAAGCGCAAGACUGGUAUUUGCACUUAGUAUUACCACUGUUUUCAUUGCUAAGCGCUGAUCGAGAAAAUAGUCGCGAAAAUUAGGUGAUAUACUGCCUUCAAUCAGAAUAGAGCGUUUUCACGUGACGUCUCAGCGGCCAUGUUGGUGCACCAAAAAAAUACAUUUUCUAUCCUCCGGAAAUUGAACUCUAUUUGUACUCAAAUGCUGUAGAGAAAGUUGUCUGCCUUCUCACGUGAGUGAAAACGCGCUUAUAUAUAAAGGUACAUGAGAACGAUUUCACAAGUUAGACUGCGAGAGGUCCCACAUUUCCCUUAAGACUCACCGUUCAGUCUCGAUCAGCCUGUAGCAAUGAGAACAUUGGAAACCAUAUUUUAUAAACAUAUUUUCAUAUCUUAUCAUACAUAUUUUUAUUCAAUAAUAACAAACAUUAUUAUCCCAAAAAUAUUUAGGCCUUCUCCAGACGAUUCAUAUAUUGAUUAAUUUUUCGUUCAUGACCACGUGACACAGGAGUAGCUCUUUGAUUGGUUAGCAAUUUUUAAGUGCGCGAACCAAUCACAAAAUAGGGGGUUAAUUUAAUUAAGUAAUUCUUAUAAUAUUACAGCUUUAGCAGUAAAUACUGCAGUUUAUAGGGCUAGGAUGACAUAAAUGCUAAUCCUGAAUCUUAUCCAAAGACAGGGUUUACAUCGUAACCAAUCCUACACGGGUUAGCCCUAUGCUUUGAACAACUGGGCAUUCAAAAAUUCUGGAAGGAAUCCCUUUGAUGAAAAUGACCCCUUCUGAUGUCCUGGAAAUCAAUACUGAAAAUAUUUUGAUACAAGAGCAUGAUAAUAUUUGUAUUUCAAUAUAAGCAGUUAAAUUUCGACUCAUUACAUGUUCGCACUUAUACGUUUCAUCUGUUUUAUAUGCAUUGAUUUUCUUUAUCUGGUCUGUUCCUGGUCAAGGAAUGGAUAAAUGGAGUUCGGAACCAGGACUUACAAUUUGAGCAUGUCUCCUGCUUGAUUCCCUAGCAAUCAUAAGCACAAGCAACAUAUGCAGCUGUAUCGUUAAUACAUACCAUACAAAGGUCUAAGAGAUGACAAAUGCCAAUGAUAAGCAAAUAACAAUCAAAUAGAUAUUUUGUCUAUCUUAUGCAUGUGUAACCAGCUAGUGCGAACCAAAUUGUUUCAAAAAUAGCAUGUAAAUACCACAAAAUUUUACUACAAUAAUAUAUAAGGGAAAUGGGAAUCAAUUGGGAAUUUGUAAUAUUGAAAAUCGAAAACUAUUUCAAUCGCGAUAUUUUAAAUCACCAAUUUAAAUUUGUAAAGAAUAUAAUAUGAAAUUUAGAAUAUAUUUUAAAAUUGACAAGUUGAAUUUAUGGGGUUUUAAAAAAGAGGAUUUUGCAGUUGUCAAUUUGAUUUAAAAGAAUUUAUGAAUUUAUGAUAUGAAUUUUUUCAAAGACAUAUGGGGUAAAUCUCAGAAUAAAUGGGUAUUGCAAUUGAUAGAUUUGGAGAGGAAAGCUCUUGCUAGCUCCCAGUGACUUCUCAGCUACUGCUCUUCAAAGCUGUAAAAAGGCCAUGCCCAGGCACCAGGGUUUUCAUCGAAAAAUCAUUUUUAUUAAAUAGUUUUACAGAAUUUUACUUGCAAGAACAUAUUCUAACUUCAUUUACAAACGCGUAAAUGAAUAAUCGUCCCCAAAGCCUUCGUUCUAUUCGGUCAGCGAAAGCAAGUUUAAUAGCAUUUUGGAAUGCAAUUUAGAAGAUUUAAAUUCCAACAAAUAAUAACCUGGGUUCUAGAUACUUCUUCCGUUAACACGAGAGAUCCAACAACCACUGGCACGUCACAAGAAUGCCUCUAGAACUCAGCGUAGGAUACUGGCAAGUAAUGCUUAGACUUGCUCAUAAUAUUGUUUCAGGGCUGCGUCUUCGCGCUGACAUAAAAAAAAAAAAUUAGAAACU